GUGACGGCUUCGUGUGAUCUUCAGAAAGCUCUUUCAGAAUCAUUCGUCAGUGUGAAGUUGACUGUCUUGAUCUUACCUGUCUACUCCAAGGCACUUCUUUCAGGAAUCGUUCGCCGACUUGUCAUUUGAAGACAGACUUGUCAUUUGAAGACUGCAAAAUCACGUCAUUUGAGAACUUCAAAAUCAAGUCCUUUGAAGACUGCAUGAUCACGUCAUUUGAGGAAUGAAACUUGCAGCCCCCUCCUUUUUGGUACGAAUUUGAAAACAAGAUCACAUACUAUUUAUAGUAGAAGAUAUUAAAGUAUUGGAAACUUCAAAAUGCACCAAGAAAAAAAUAGCCAUAUUUAUUAUUACACCCUGAAUGGAAAUAUCAAAUGAAAGUAUCUUCUCAAUCAAGCUUAGGAGGUACACCAAUCUCAUAAAUGGCUGGUUUAAUACCUAAAGAAGAUAAAAGAUUAUCUGAUAUUAUUAAUAAGUUGAAAAGGCAUAUUAAAGAUAGAGAUGAUAUUCCAGAAACUGAAAACUGUCCUGUAUUAAAGAAAAAGAAUAAUUUCAUUGAAGAAACUGAAAUAUUCACCAAGGAAAAAGCUAGUGAGCAGUUAGACUUGCCGAAAGGCACAUCAUGUAUUCCUGUCAUUGAUCUUACGGAGGAAGAAAAUGGCCCAGAAUUUGACCAGAGCAAUCAAACAGUAAAGAGGGUGUCUAAUGAAAGUAAUAGUGAAUGGAGUUCAAAAGAAGAUAAAUCGUUGAGCAAAAAUUAUUUAAUGUGGGAAAAUAAUUUCAAUCUUUGCUGGCUCAAUUCAGCAAUGUCAUUGUUAGCUCACAACAAGACGCUGCAUCAUUUUGUUAAUGAAAAUGUUUCCCAAAUUGCUCACAUUGUAAAAGGCUAUGAAAGUGCUAUUUCUGUUUAUAAUGAUUAUUCAAAUGAAAAUGCUAUCGAAGAAAGACUGCUUAAAUCAAAAGACAUACUCCAAAAAAUCCAGACAACUGUUUUUGAAUAUUUGGAACCAAUCCUGAAGUGUAAGAAAGGACAGCCAGAUUCAGCAUUUUGUUGUCUUCUGAAUUUGAUUAAGGAGAAUAAACAAAUAAGAAAUUUGUUCCUUGUGGAUUUUUUUUGUAUUAAUCAAUGUACAAAGUGUGUAUUAAGUCGACUCAAGAAAAGCAAGAAAACAGUUAUCACAUUGUCGAAAGUUAAGGCAUUCAACCCAAGUUCUCCUGUGUUUCUGUGUAAGUGUCCUUUUUGUGAAACUCUGGACCAAGAAGUGCAAAUCAAAUAUGAAACCUUACCUCAGUGUUUAAUUUUUCAUUUUGAAAAUGGAGCUGGAGAAGGAAAUCUCGGAUCAUUUGAUUUUGAAUUAAAUGGUCGUAAAUAUGAGCUAUCUGGCUUGAUAAAAUUAGAAAAACGCCGAUAUUCAACUAUUAAUCACUUUGUGACUUGGACAAGAGAUAUUACAUCUGACAGGUGGCUUGAACGCAAUGAUUUAAACAAUGAUAUUUUGAAUUUUAGUGUGGUUCCACCAGUCAUUAACCUUCAAGAUCUUUACAUCGUCAUGUAUGAAGCACUAGAUAACAAGGGGACAGUAUUCAGUGUUUCUGUGGACACUGCUAAUAUCAAUAGAAUGGAUUUAGAUGAUAAAAGUUCAUCAUGUAUUCCUGUCAUUGAUCUAACGGAUGAAGAAAAAGUGGUAGAAUUUGACCAGAACAAUCAAACAGUAAAGAGGGCAUCUAGUUUGCCUAGCAUCGGACGCUUGUUUAAGAAUGAUAAAAUUUACAGAAAUAGCAAUAACAAAAAAAUGCCAAAACGACUAGAUGAGAUUUUUUCAGAUAAUAUUUCUGUUACAAAAAAUCCUUCAGAAUCAUUCGCAAAUAAUGCUGUAUCAAAAAUAGAUAAAUUAUCUAUAGAAGACUCAAAAAAACAAAAAGAAACCAUAUACAGUUAUAAGAAAGAAAUUUUAAAACGACUAAAAGAGACUUUUUCAGAUGAAAUUUCUGUUUCAAAAAAUCCUUCAGAAUCAUUCGCAAAUAAUGCUGUAUCAAAAAUAGAAAAAAUUUCAGAUGAAAUUUCUGUUACAAAAAAUCCUUCAGAAUCAUUCGCAGAUAAUGCUGUAUCGAAAAUAAAAGACAUAUUUGAAGAAAAGGUAAAAAAAAGAAAAGAAAUGAAAUUCAGUAAUAAGAUAAAAAAUUCAAAACGGCUAGAUGAGAAUUUUUCAGAUGAAAUUUCUGUUACAGAAAAUCCUUCAGAAUCAUUCGCAAAUAAUGCUGUAUCAAAAAUAGAAACAUUUUCUGCUGAAAACUCAAAAAAAAGAAAAGAAAUGAAAUGCAAUAAUAACAAAAAAAUGCCAAAACGACUAGAUGAGUUUUUUUCAGAUGAAAUUUCUGUUACAAAAAAUCCUUCAGAAUCAUUCGCAAAUAAUGCUCCUAUUAGCUCUGAUCUGUAUUAUGGAACUCUAUUCAGUAUAUCAUCUGCUGCAUUAGAUGUUACCAGUGAAGCUUAUUUUGACGUGUUGGAUGUCAAUGUCAUCCUAUUCUUGCAUGGCAUAGACAAGAUAAAUUAUUACUGGUUUAUGCAAGAUGGUGCUAGACCUCACUGUACUCAGCAAAACUUCGAUCUCUUAGCAGAACAUUUUCACGAUAGAGUGAUCGGGUUGGAUUCCAUUACGAAAAAAGGCAAAAUUAUGGAGUGGUCACCUUACUCCCCAGAUAUUAACCUGUGCGACUUUUUUAUGGGGACGUCUGAAAGACAAAAUGUAUCUCACAUAGCCCUCAACAUUGGACGACUUAAGUGCUGCAAUUGA